CUCCUGCCAUGAUGUCCCAAUGCGAGGAUGUUUGACUUCCAACAACUACAACCAUCUUCCUUUGUGCAAGGGAACUGAAUUAGUGUGAAACCAAGAAUGGCAACCUUCAGAUUUGGACAGCAUAUCAUUAAGUCCUCUGUUAUUUUCCUACAAACUGAACUGUCUUUCGCACUUGUGAAUAGGAAGCCAGUGGUUCCUGGACAUGUGCUGGUGUGUCCAGUCAGAGUAGUAGAACGGUUUCAAGAUCUUCAUCCAGAGGAAAUCACAGACUUAUUUCAGACAAGUCAGAAAGUGGCGAAAGUUGUGGAGCGACAUUUCCAAGGGACAUCUUUAACCAUUGCCAUUCAGGAUGGUCCAGAAGCUGGACAGACAGUGAAACAUGUGCAUAUUCAUAUUCUUCCAAGAAAGAAGGGAGACUUCGCAAGAAAUGAUAAUGUCUACAUGGAGCUCCAGAAACAUGACCAAGAAACAUCAGAAGUCUCGCACCACUGGAGGACAGAAGAGGAGAUGGCAUCAGAAGCUGCUGACCUCAGGAAGUAUUUCGUGUAGUCAGUGACUGCUAUGACACAUGUCAAAGGGGUAUGAAGAAUUCAGAAUAUUAUACUAAUUGGAUCAAUUAAAAAAACAAAUGAUAAUUACAACAGGCCAACCAAUAUUUGAAUCUUUAAAGAAAUUAGGAUUUUGGUAGAAAUAACGAAUGUAAUACUCUUUGUAUCUCCAGAGCAGAAGUGUUUUAAUGUUGUGAUGAUGUAUUUGCACUCAGUGAAAAUGUUCCAGUUAUAGGGAUCGAACCUAACUUUUUGGAUGAUCCUAAUUUAGUUGUUUUGACCAGAAUCCAGGUUUUGCUUCAGUGAAAGAACUGUGUCAUUGAAUAUGCAAACCCCUAUGUUGAUGUUCACGAUGCCAUUAAAGUUUGUUAUAAAUCUGCAGUUGUUUCAAGUGAU